AUUGUGAAUGGCAGCGUCAUAUGUUUAGCAAAACGUGGAUUUCAUUUGGCGAGGACUUUUUAAACGGCAAUUUUGAAUUAAAAUGGGCAAGGACAGGGGCAGAGGACGCAGAAACCACCAUUCCGGGCCGUACAACAAGAGCAACUGGCGUGGCCAAAAGAGGGAUCGUCCCCAGAACAAUGGAGGCGGUCAGCGCAACAGAACUACGCCACAGCAGAAGAGCACGUUGCGGGAGAACCAAGUGGGGAUCACGGAGUUCACCAAUCCCGAGGCACCUGGCUUCACUGGCAUUCUUAAGUCCCGGUUUUCCGAUUUCCAUGUAAACGAGAUUGAUAGCUCUGGCAAAGUCCUGGAAUUGAAUGAUCUUAGUGUUCCAAAGGUGGCUAUUGUGGCUGUGGUCGAGAAAGAACUGGACAACUGGCGGGAGGAACUGAAGUCAGUGAUUGGUCCGGAGGUAUGGCAGGACAUAGCCAACCUGGCGGUGGCCAAAAACGAUCCGAAGCUGGAUCAGAAGGUGGAAAUUGAUGUGACCACUCUGGACAAGGAGCAGCGAACACAAGUCCACCAGCUGAUCAAGCAGCUUUACAAGGGAAAGCUACUGUCCACCACCCUUGGACAGCAACAGGCUAAGCCGAAGCCACAAGAGGAGGCUCCCGUGGAGGGGAAGGAUCCAGCUAAGGAUGAAACAGCAGCUCAGGAAGAUCCCCAGUUGCCGGCGGAAGAAAAGAAAACCAUAAGGAUAAUAAAACCAAAGCCAGGACGCGGAGACAAUCGGUGGAGCUUUCCCGCCGACUAUGUGACCUUCCUGGUGCACAAAACCAAUCUGGUUACCAGUGAAGUGGCCUCAACUCUAGCCUCGCGACUAAACAUGCGACCCUCGCAGGUGAACUACUGCGGCAUCAAGGACAAGCGGGCCAAGACCACCCAGAACUUCUCCAUCAAACGCCGCACGCCGGAGAGCAUUUUGAAUGCAGCUCGCUGCCUGCGGAAUGUCCAGAUUGGCAACUUUGCCUUCCAGUCCAAUACACUCAAGUUGGGUGAUCUACAGGGCAAUCGUUUCCGGAUCGCCCUGCGCCAUAUUGCCAAGGAGAAACGGGGGGAGAUCGAGCUGGCGCUGGAAUCUCUGCGAGACCGAGGCUUCAUCAAUUACUAUGGCCUGCAGCGUUUCGGCAACAGUGCCAGCGUGCCCACCUACGAAGUGGGUGUAGCACUGCUGAAGAGCGAUUAUAAGCUGGCCUGCGAACUGAUCCUGAAGCCACGCGACUCGGAUGUCGAGUUUAUGCGUCCAAUACGCGAAGAGUGGUGGAAAAAUCGCGACUCCACAGCGGCAGCUUCAAAAAUUUACGGCGACAAAUUCAUUGAGAAGAAGCUGCUGGACGGCUUGGCCAGGUUUGGGGAAUCGGAUUACUCGUCAGCCCUGCGACAGAUACCACGCAACAUGCUAAUGCUAUAUCCGCAUGCCUACCAGAGUCUGAUCUUUAACAGGAUUGCCUCCAGAAGGAUCAAGGAGUUUGGCCUGAAAUUAAUUCCCGGCGAUUUGGUUUAUGUGGAGCAGGAUCAGUCAGACGUCGCUGUGGAGCAGGAGCAGCCGACGGAGGACUUGCAGGAGCAAAAGGAAGCGGAGAAUACUGAAGAUCCUCCAGAACCUCUUGAAGGGGAUGAGGCCAUCGAAGAGGAGUCCGUUUUCAAGCGGAAAGUUCGCCCGCUAACAGCAGAGGACAUCGCCAGCGGCAAGUUCAAACUCUCCGAUGUGGUACUGCCCCUACCAGGACACGACAUCACCUAUCCCAGCAACGAGUGCGGUGCUUGGUACGAGGAACUGCUGGCCGAAGUAGGUCUCUCCUCGGAUCAACUGAAGCACAAGGAGAAGACCUAUGCCUUGGCCGGCGCCUACCGCAAGAUGAUCAUUUCGUCGAGUGAUCUCAAGUGGAACUUUAGGUUCUACAACACGCCAGAGGACACCCUGAUUGCCUCCGACUGGGAGCUGUUGAAGAACAUUCCAAUAACACCAGAGCCUGCAGAGGCUGAGGCCAAAUUUCUGGCUCUACUGCUGGAAUUCUCGCUGCCCACGGCCGCCUACGCCACAAUGUUCUUGCGGGAACUCUUGAAGCAAGACACUUCGUCGGCUUCGCAAACGCAGCUGGAAAAAGAGGCCAUGUCUAAGGAGGAAGUAGAGGAAAAUAAGGAAGUGGUAGCAGAGGAGGAGGAGUCGAUGGAGGUGGGCAAGGAGGCAGCCGAAGAGGAGGUUAAGGAGGAGGUGGCGCUGGAGGAGGUGCAGGCCAACUGAGAUACCAAAAAUCAAUAUGCUCGGGAAAUCAAUUUUACGCGCGCUUCGUAUCCAACUUCAAAGCAACCACAACAAUAACAAUGCGCACGUGAGGACGAGGGCUGCUCUCUCGCGUCCUGUGGCUCGCACCCUCUCUGCCAGUCUCGCUCGCGCUCUCUCUCAAUCCUUGGAGAGUCCUUUGGUCCUGUCCCUUUGACUGUGAUUCCAUUCGUUCGGUGGCCAGCAACGCGAAAGCUCGAAACGACGCGCUGCGCAGUUUUCCCUGCUCGGAAGUCCAAGUCGCACGGUUUUCCCCAGCGUUCUAAAUGAAGAGCACUACCAAUUUAUUAAUUAACAACAAAUAACGAAUACCUACGGAUAUCUAUCCCCAAAAAACAAAGCCCCGGACUCGAUCCUGUUCAUCCAGCGAAGGGACUUAAACCACACAGAUAUCAGGAGGAGUGCCAAGGUGAAUUACCAGUUAAAUGUAGCAUUUAAACGUUUUGGGCGCGUAUUUUUGAAAACCCAAAUUAUUUAGGCGUAAGUAUUAUUCGCAUUGGAAUAAUAGUUGUUGAUAAUUAAAGAGCGGUCGACAGCAUUGAACCUAGA